GCCGGUGUUAGUGUUUCAUCUGAAGCAGACGACAACUUUAAACACAUUUUGUCUGCAGUGUAUUGUAAAAACACGUCAGGGCCUACACGUCUGUUUCAAGUCGAGCGAUAAACUUUGAUCUCGGACGACGUCGAGGAUGAAAGACAAAGAUCUCUCUAGCGGACAGAUGUCUGUUAACAAUGACACGGUUAACGGUCAGGUGGUGAUGGAUCAAGAACCUCUCCAGCUGAAGAGAAACAUCGGACUCGUCAGUGGGAUCGCAUACAUCGCCGGCAUGAUUAUAGGAUCAGGGAUCUGGAUAACUCCACAAGGCGUUCUGCGAAACACGGGCUCGGUGGGACUCAGUCUGAUACUGUGGUGUGUUGGCGGAGUGAUUGCCAUGUUCGGAAUGCUGACGUAUUGCGAACUCAUCUCGGUUGUACGGAAGGCCGGUGGCGACUACGCGAUAUUCGUCAAGACUCUAGGGCGGAUUCCAGGUUUUCUCUUUAUAUGGACCGCCGAGAUCGCCAGGAACCCCUCGUCCAGAGCGGUCCAGACUAUAACUUUCGCCACGUAUCUGUCCGAGUUCCUCGACGUCUGCGGGUCUCCGAUCGUCAUCAAGAAACUUAUCGGCGCUUCCGCUCUGAUACUGGUGUGUAUCGUCAACUGCUACAGCACGUUGCUGGGUGCCCGGGUCCAGGUCAUCUUCACGACUCUCAAGGUGGCGGCUCUCUUCAUGAUCAUUAUCGGUGGGCUGGUCGCCAUAGCACAAGGUCAGAUUGCCGACCUACCUACAGGUUUUGAAGGAUCCAUAACCACCCCGUCUAGCAUAGCACGUGCUCUGCUGUCUGUUGGCUUCUCUUACGCAGGAUGGAACAACCUGAACUACGUAUUCGAGGAGGUGAAGAAUCCAAGGAGAAACAUCAUUCUGUCGGCGAUCCUAGGCACAAUACUGGUGACGUUCGUCUACAUCAUGACCAACCUGUCGUACCUAGCCAUCCUCACCAGGGCAGAGAUGUUCCAGUCGGAGGCCAUCGCUCUGGCGUGGGGCCAGAAGAUGCUGGGACCGGCAGCGUUCAUAUUGCCCCUGGCUGUGAUGAUCUCCACGCUUGGUUCCAUGAACGGAUCAUUGGGCACCCUGACCAGUAGGUCACCACCCAUUUGAAAAAGAAAAACGUAGUGGUGAUCUCCACGCUUGGUUCCAUGAACGGAUCAUUGGGCACCCUGACCAGCACCAUUUGCAGCAGCGAGAGAUGGGAACUGGUUCGAUGUUCUGUGUUUCAUCAGUGUCAAGCGCUACACACCCAUGCCUUCAAUAGUGAUGCACGUAACAAUAGCUCUGAUUUUCCUCAUACAAGGCACAGUGACGUCUCUGAUUGGCUUUCUCAGUUUCUUCACCUGGGUGUUCUCAGGACUGGCAAGCAUCUGUUUAAUCAUACUGCGUUUCAAAGAGAAGGACUGCCCUGAACGAUUUAAGGUUCCCAUACUGAUUCCUAUUGUGUUCUUUCUGAUGUGUGUGUUUCUAAUAGUGGCCCCGAUUGUCCAGAAUCCACGGAUUGAGACCCUUUACGCGGCGCUGUUUGUAGUCAGUGGAGUCGUGGUCUAUAUUCCGGCCUUUCAUUUCAAGCUGAAGCCAAAAUUUCUUGAUAAAAUCGAGAUGUACAUCCAAAUGAUUUUCGAACUCGCACCAUCAUCCUAUGUGGAACAAUAAUAACCCGAUACCACCAGUAUUCCAAUAAACAGUGAAAAUAAUAUCUUAUGUGAACAUUCACCAUAGCUUUCAUCUACAGUGACACAAGCACACACAGCGAUGGGCAUCCAUGACCAAAUACACGCUCCAUGUAGGCUAUAUGCAGUAUAGCAAUUAACAUGUUUUAUAGCUGAGCUUGGGGUUGAGAUUAUGCCGUACUAGCACAUCACCCCUUAGGUCUAGUUUUAAAGUAAAUAACCAGAGUAUUGCUAAAUAUUAUACUGCACGUGUAUAUCCAAGUAAUCAAUGUACAUGUAUAUUCAAGUAAUCAAUGUAUGUUUAUAUUCACUAGGAUAAUGUAACGAGUGUAUAUGUUUUGUAUGUUGUGAAAUAAAAGUCAAACACAUAGAGUGAUUCCACAUACAUGUACGUCCUAUACCGGCAAUCCACAUAUAUGUACACAAUAGUUAAAAAGUUAAAGUUUGUUUUGUUUAACGACACCACCAGAGCACAUUGAUUUAUUAAUCAUCGGUUAUUGGA